AUGAAAUCAUUUUAUGGCAUCAAGAUCUGGAAACCAGUCAUGCAGACGACCGCCACCACCACCAGUACGCACACACCAACCCCCUCCACCACCAUCAUGGAGGUCUGCGCGACAUCUGACAAGCCCCUAAUGACCGGUUCCUCGUCUUCUCACUUCGACGAACCCUCUUGCUUCCUUCCAAACCUUACUGGACAAAUUCCCACAAUGCCCAAACACGUCUUCCUCAACACCUUGCCAGGGUAA